CAGAUGAGACAUGUCGGUUGUUGAAUGACGCUGAAUUGGUGUGGGACUUUGUCGUCUGUUUCAUUUUGGGAGAUAACUUAGUUAAACUUACGACAAUGACAACCCUGAGUGUGCUGUUUGUUCUCUGGGCGAUUCUUCUUCCAUGCUUCGACAUCGACGCCCAGCUGGCGACGCCGGCAGGGGCCAUGAAUCGGUCACUGGACCCACGUUUUUUAAACUGGCUUAACUCCUUAUUCUACCUCCCGCCGGAAGGAGAAAUACGGAUCCGCAAGGAGUACCGUGUGCUGUCAGACCAAGAAAGGAACAAUUUCCACAACGCAAUACGACUUCUUAAGCAAGACACGAGCGUGCCACCGAACAAGUUCGACGCCCUCGCCUCUCUGCACCAUCUCAACACGGCUAUGUCUGCGCACGGCGGCCCAAACUUCUUGGGUUGGCACAGGACAUACCUUGUGCUCUGUGAGAACGCCAUGCGUGAGAAGGUGGCCAAUGUGACGAUCCCCUACUGGGACAACACGUUGGAGGAGGCGUUGCCCGUCCCCAGACAAUCAAUCCUCUUCUCGCCUCUCUUCAUGGGCACCGCCAACGGGCAGGUCACUGAAGGCCCAUUUGCGUUCUGGUCAACACCCUUUGGCCCCCUUGGACGCGACGUGGGAAGCGAUCGCCGACUGAUGAAUCCUAACGACAUCAGCGCCAUCAUGUCCCAGAGCAUCAUCGCUGACAUAACAAACCCAAACGCACCGGAAGCUACCAACAUGGAAGAGCUGCAUAACGACGUCCAUGUUUACGUCGGUCAUAUAAUGAGCCGGAUAGAAUCUGCGUCCUAUGACCCCCUGUUUUACUGCCACCACGCCUUUAUCGAUUAUUUAUGGGAGGAGUUCAGAACUAAUCAACGCAUGCGCGGUAUCGACCCCUCACGGGACUACCCGCGUAUUGUCGGCGAACAAGCCCACCAGCCGUUAGCCUCCAUGGGACUCGGUAGACUUUUAGUAAUAGAUGGAAUCAAUGACAUUUUCACUCGAAGAAUCUACAGGUACGAAAGAAGACCAGCGUGCGUUCCUAACUCAAAUACGUGUGGCUCGCAGUACUUGCGUUGCGACUGGAGCCGCCAGCGAUGUGUCCCGCUGAUCAUGAAUCAGAACGGCCCCAACAUGCCCCAAGCAAUGGGUCAAACUGGCCCGCCCGUGCAGGUCUUGCCCUGGUGGGCAAGGCAAGGAAGCAACGCUAAUACCAACCAGAACCAGUUUGUGUUCGGGUAGGGACGAACCUUUCUCGGUUGCUUUUCGACGCGGAGUUGUCCUGUCUCAAAAUUUCGAUGCUGGUGAUACACCAUGUAGGGCAACAUUUGUAUAAAUCUAUGACGUUUUAGUUUGACAGAAUUUUCUUCUACUUCUUUAAGUGUUAGGCUGAAUUUAUUUUUGACGCGACAAUUAGUCUUUUUAAGCGAGAAAUAAACACUGCUGAUGUUUCCACCUUAUCAGUAAAGUACUUGAAAGAG